GCGCCCGCCCCGCCCUGCCGGCAAAGGAGGGGGGAGACGGCCUCCUGAUUGGUCAUCCCCUAUCACGUGAUCGCCCAUGUCCCCGUUUCCCCUCACGCAGGCGCCGCUGCCGUCCCGUGCGAGCGGUGGCGGCCGCCCGCGCGGCGCGCUGGCGGUGCGGGGAGGGGCGGGUGGGGCGCGUGCGGCAUGGCGGAGAGCGGCGCUUGGCUGCUCGUACUGAGCUCCGUUUUCGUCUGCAACGCGCUCAAGAUCCUCCUGCCCUCCUGCUCCUCCAUCAUAUCAAGAUUGUUGCAAAAGGAUGCGGAGCAGGAAUCUCAAAUGAGAGCUGAAAUUCAGAACAUGAAGCAAGAACUCUCAACCAUUAGUAUGAUGGAUGAGUUUGCCAGAUACGCCCGUCUGGAAAGAAGGAUUAACAAAAUGACUGACAAGCUUAAAACUCAUGUGAAAGCACGAACUGCUCAAUUAGCCAAAAUAAAGUGGGUUAUAAAUAUUGUAUUCUACAUCUUACAAGCUACCUUGAUGGUCUCUCUGAUUUGGAGGUACUAUGCUGAGCCAGUUACAGUGCUUCCGGGCAAAUGGCUUGCUCCGCUGGAGCGCUUGGUAGCCUUUCCCACAGGGGUGACAGGUGGUGUUGGAAUUACAUGUUGGCUUGUGGUUUGUAAUAAAGUUGUAGCUAUUUUGCUACACCCUUUCAGCUGAAGGAAUCCCAGUAAUCCAUGAAGUCCUCAACUACAUUUCCAUUAUCACUGUUUUGAAUGAGACUAGGUCUGAGAUAAUCUUUGUUACCUCAUUUGGAUAUCUGUCAAUAUUCUUUUUGAUGUAGUUUGUCUUCCCUUAGGUUGUUUUUCCAUUUGGUGGUCAGUUUUCAAAGAAUACCAUUGCUGUUUAUAAAACCUCAUUUUGUGUCUGCUUUGACAAGUGUGAACACUGAUUCAUGGCAGAACUGUAACACUUUGUCAGGGCAGAUACUCACCAAAACCUGAAAGUGUUGAACUUGUAUAUUGUAAGUUGGAAAUGCACUGGCACUUGGAGUUAAUUUGGGAGCUUUGCUGCUUCUUUGCUGUGUGAUAUGGUAGUUCCACCCAGAGGCGGGACUGUAUUCGGUGACAAAGUGGUACUAGAGGAUAUAGAGGAAGGUGGUUUGGUUGGCUUAGGGGUAAAACAGAGUUAGUUUCCUCCUUGUUAUUUUUUACACUAGAAUUGGUGCAUUCUUGGGCUGUCUUGGAAAAUAAGUUAUUGAUAUAUGUGCAGAAACAACUUUUUAUCUCUCAAGAGACUCACUCAGUUGCCCAGUACAGGAUGGCUGGAUACUUUUUCCUCCCUGACUUUUAAAGUUCAUUGAACACUUUAAUUUUUCCUACUUUUAUUGAUAACUGACCUUUCCUUCCGUGGCAUUUUUUUUCUGCUUCUGAGUGUAACUGCAAUUAUUUUCCUUCCAUGUUUGGGAGGGAAAGGUCUGGCCAACCUGCUGAAGCUCCAUGUUAAUGAAGAGAAAGUAGAAAAGUGUGCUGUUCCUUCAGGGGGCUGUGUUUCUAAAGCCUUUAGCAUACACUAAUGACAGUCCAGGAUAACCCGAAACAGCUAUGUAUGUGUAAAAAGGCAAAUUGGUGAUUUAAAUGUGUGAAGCAGUAACAGAGUGGUAGCAGGCCAGAGGAGGAGGGAAAACAAUUUUCUGUUUUAGAGUAAGUCUUUCUUGCGGUGUUUAGGUACAGGAAACAGACACAAUAUUUUGAACUGAAAGGAGGACAGAAUUAUUCCAGUAACGUGCCUGUAGAACAGUGGCAAAGUUGUGUUAUCUUCCAUGCUGCGGUGGUCUGCGACCCUGUCACUGCUGCCCUGCAUGACAAGCGGGUGUGUUGAUAAAGCUCUUGUUCCGCACCUCCUUUGGUUUUUGACAUGAGCCUGAACAAAGCCCUUGGGGACACCUUUCCCUCCUCCGCUGGGCUUUGCCGAUUCUGGGUCAGCUUCCCGCUCUGCACAGUGGAAUGCGUCUGUUCUGUUAUUCCAGGCCCUUUGCCUAGGGCCCCUCCAUAAUUAGCACUGCAUUGAGAAAUCAGUUCAAAAGGUCAUGAUACAUUCUGUGAAUAUAUGCAUGAAAUGUUUGUGGGGUUUGGGGUUUGGUUUGGUUUUUAAGUGGUAAUUUAAAAAAAGAAAAGGUUUUAUGUUAGGGUUACAUUUAACCAACGUGAAAAUAGAUGCAUUAAAUAGCAAGAAAAAAAUGUUGUGAUUGAAUGUUAUGUAUAAUUGUGUUUUUAUUAACAAAAUAAAGCUUUUCAAUCUGUCUCAGGUUUUCCAAUUCAUUUUUCAGUGUUAACUACAGUUUUCCUAAAAAGAAAAAAACCCCCAUACCCAAACCAGCAACACCCCCCAUACACACACACAUUUUUGGACAAGGAGAUAACUGUUGGAAUCAAUAGGACUAAUUUAUUUUUUUAUUAUUUUUCUUAAGGUAUUUGGGACAGAUUAUUUAACUAUGACAUUGACCUACUUCUGAGUCUAAAGAGGUGGCUAAUGGUAUUUCCACUUGGCUUCAUACGGAGUUUAGCACAGUGAAGUCAAGGAAAGCAGCACCACUGAAAACCUUCACAGUGGCACUUGGUGUUUAUCCAGGUGUAGCACAGGGUCACCCAGUGCGCUGUUUGUUGGUGGCUCCAGUCAAGCACUUCGGUGAGUGAGGGCAAAAAGGCCUUCGGUAACCCGGUCGGCACAGAGGAGUGUUGGAUUAUGUUUGCUUGUCUGCUCCUGGCUUUGGGACAGCAGCGAAGGCACUGCCUCUGGUAAUAGUUCGUAGAGGAGAAAGAAGCUGCUUUUCUGACACCAGAAGUCGUGCUUUGAAACGUGCCCCCUGUACAGCUGCAGCACUGCUUCCAGAAAAGCUUGCAAAAGUUUGGAAAAUACACUGCAAGCAAGUUCAGAUCUGAAUGUCUCCAUCACCUGAACAGCUUUUGCAGUAUCAUUUUGAAGGGUUUUUUUCAAGUGCCUUUUAAAGUUAAUAGAAUACACGUAAUUUUCCAUAACUUCAUAUAAUUCUAACAAGUGCUUCAUGCAUUACUGUGAGGAACAAAAUAUAAUCCUCCUACCCUUGCUUACAUAACCUUAAACACAGGAUUUUUAAAGGCUUUGGAGAACUGGAUACGCCUGACUUCUCCUAAACAAUAGUUUACUCUUGCACAUUCAUCUUUGGAUGUCAGCUGUGGAAGUUACCAGGCAAACUGUUUUGGUAAGUUCCAACACUGGAAAAGAAGGAAGCUUUAGAGCUUUAUAAUGGUAGUGAAAACACAGCAAUAGCAAAUUAUUUUUAUUGUGUGUGAAUUCUGGAAGCUAUUUCAGGAGUGAAGAAAAUAACUUACUUUCUUUUAUAGCAUUGUUGGUACUAACCCAACGAUGAACCUUACAAAAGCAGAUUGCUCACUUUGCCUGGCUAAUGAAUAAUCAGCUUCAAAAUUCAAACUGCAGAGAGAAUGCAAACAACUGAAAGGUGCAAAACAAGGACUAGCUUGGACACCUGGUAACAGGUAAAAAUGUCUGCAUUGUUAGGCUCUCUUUGUAAGGUGAAUAUGCAUGUGCAUGCAUGCACAUGGAGCAGGAAUAGGAGAAUGUUCUUUUGUGACAACUGAUUUGACUUACCAUUUUGGAAAAAUCAUUGAAAGACAUUGUCAGUAUUUAUAAGAUUUAGGAUGCAUUUAAUGAAGGUAAAAACAUUGCUUUUUAAAAGUGUUUGUAAGGAUCCCUGUUUCUAGAGUAAAGCUAAGUUGAUGUACUUAACUAAAUAGCAAAUAAAAUAGUCUGUGUAUUCUCAUGAGGUUAUUCAUAAUGAUUGGUGUCAGAUGCUUUACGUGAUGAACUAGUAGUCGUGGUUUGAAAUCUGGCUUGUGUAAUCCUGCA